GUCAACAUCAAGACACUUUAUUAAAUUGAAGAUGCCAAAAUUUAAAGCAUUACCAUCAAGAAGUUAUUAUUAUGAUAAGAAAGAGUGGGGAUGAACUCGUCGAUAUAAGCAUGAUUUCCUUACUUCAACAUGUGUAUCGUGUGGCAUGUAAUCAGUUGCAGAGCUGCCGUCGUAGCCGGUUGUAAAGACUUCUAAACUAAGUACUGUCCGGCGUCAUCCAUCAUUUGUCCAAUUUAUAACAAUUACUCACUUAUUUCUACAUUGAGUUAUUAAUCAUGCCUACCAAUAUUGAAGAAGGAUUUGCAACAAAAGCUAUUCAUGCUGGCCAAGAUCCACAGCAAUGGAAUUAUUAUCCAGCAGUAGGACCUAUUGUGAUGUCAACAACAUUUCGUCAAGAUGGACCUGGUGAUCAUCAGGGUUUUGAUUAUGGAAGAAGUGGAAAUCCAACUCGAAACAUGUUAGAGACUUGUUUAGCAGCUAUAGAAAAUGGCAAGCAUGCUCUGACGUUUGCCUCAGGUCUUGGAGCAGUCACAUCAUUAACAGCACUUCUGCAAGCUGGAGAUCAUAUCAUUUGUGUUGAUGAUGUUUAUGGAGGAACCAAUCGUUAUUUUAAACAUUGUCUUGCAAAAAAUAAUAUUAAAAUUACCUUUGCUGACGGCACUAAUAUCAAGAAUUUUAUCAACACCAUUCAAGAUAAUACUAAAAUGGUAUGGAUAGAAACUCCGACCAAUCCAUUAUUGAAGCUUAUCGACAUCAGAGCAGCUGUAGAUGCUAUAAAAGCUAUUAGAUCUGACAUCAUAGUUGUUGUUGACAAUAGUUUUCUCACUUGUUACUUUCAAAAACCAUUGGAACUUGGAGCUGAUAUCGUUCUAUACUCAAUAACAAAGUAUAUGAAUGGUCAUUCUGAUGUUGUAAUGGGCGCCGCCAUUCUUAGGAGCGAUGAACUUGAAAAGAAACUUAGAUUUAUUCAAAACGCUCUCGGAAUCAUUCCAUCUCCAUUUGAUUGCUCUCAAGUCAGUCGAAGUUUGAAAACUUUAGAAGUACGAAUGAAGCAACAUAUGAAAGGGGGUUUGGCGGUAGCUAAAUUUUUGGAGUCUCAUCCUCAUGUUGAAAGAGUUUUCCAUCCAUUGCUACCAUCACAUCCGCAAUAUGAAUUGGCAAAAAAACAGAUGACUGGUCACAGUGGAAUGGUAACAUUUUAUUUAAAAGGAGAUUCAGCAAAGUUCUUGAAAGCUCUAAAAAUUUUCAUCAUUGCUGAAUCGCUUGGAGGAUAUGAAUCUCUCGCUGAAUUACCGUCUGUGAUGACACAUGCAUCUUUGUCGCAAGAAACGAGAGAUGAAUUAGGUAUCAAUGACCAACUUAUUCGCCUCUCAGUUGGAUUGGAAACAGAAAGCGACCUGAUUGCUGAUCUUGAUCAAGCCUUGAAAGCUGCUCAAUUAUAAUGAGAUCAUCUGGAUAAUUAAAUAAGUUUGUACUCAUAUUAGAAAAUUCUAAACAUAAUAUUUUCACUUAUACACGUAUACAUAUAUGUAUUUAGAAAUCAUUUUAGUCACAAUCAUUCCAGCUUAUAUUCUUUUAUCACUUUAUUAGAUUCAUAUUGACAAGCUUUUAAUUUUUUUAAGAAAUUUUUCCGUUAUAUACUAGUCAAAUUGAAUCAAAUGUUGUAAAUAAUAAUAGGUAAAUGAAAAAUAUUAUACUAAAAAUAACUAUUAUGAUAGCAUCAGUUAUCGAAUUUAUAUUUGCUAUGCAAACAAAUUUUUUAUUAUGUAUUUUAGAAGAUGUUAUUGAUGGGAAUUCUUAUUUUAAAGGUGUGUCCAUUAUUAAAGGUAAUAUGUAAUUGAUAUUUAUAGAUGAAAAUUUUGUAAAUAAUUAACUUGAAACUGAAAUGAACAAAAUAUUUAAAAAUAAUCAUGAGUAUUAAAAGCUGACCAAUAUGGUGCCAAUAAUUUUUAUAUUUGACUAGUAUUUUGUGGAAAAAUUUUACAAAAACAUUAUAAAAGACACUAGUAUCUAUUUGUCUGAAAGUAAGCUUUAAUCCAUAUUUUAUGUUCAUAUUAUUUUAAAACAAAAAGCUUUUGAAUAAAAAUUCAAUGUAAUGUGAACUGUUAAAACUAAUAAUGCUAUUUCGAGCAAUAAAACUUUAUUACAUGUA